AUGUCUCUCUGGAAACCGUACGAAAUUGAAAGUGACAGUGACAAUGAUAAUGUGCCCCUGGACCUGUCUGUACAAAUUAAUCGUACAGACAGUACACCAGCUGAGCACAUACCAUCGACGUCCAUAGCAGCAAACGUCUGUCCUUUAGUGGGAUUAGGUGUAUUGUCACCACCAAUUACACCAGACUCACCUAAGGCAGACAAUCGUUUCCCAAUCAUGGUAGACGUAGACGCCCUGGAGAAGGACCCGAGUUUCCUAAUAUUUGAAAAUAACGCUCUGAGAGCGAUAUCGGAGACAAAUGGUGGUUCUGUUGUGGGACAUAACCCAAGGAUGCGUCGUACCAUCCAAAUAGAAAGGAACGUCGACGAUUUUUAUAGGAAACAAAGGGAGAGAAAUAACAUUGCUGCCAAACAGAGCAGGGACAAGCGGAAGCUGAGGGAGAUUCGCCUUGCUGUAAAAGUAACAUACCUAAGCAACGAGAUCGCGCGACUUAAGAGAUUGUUGGAUUUACAGCGAUGCACGAAUUGCCGCAAAUAA